AUGUCGUCUCACUCCACGCCAACCACCCAACCAAGGCCAUCUGACACAGUCGAAAUACCUCCUGGCUCAUCUUCUCUUUCUCAAGCCGCAAACAAGAAACGCAAGCGUUCUCCCGAUGAUCAAGCCACCCAGCCCCAAUCACUUGACAGGCUCCUUGAGAAAACGUACCAAGAACUCGCUGUGUUUGCUUUUGAAAACUCCAAGGGAUCAAUGUCUGAAGCCGACCGAAAAUGUUUCCUCGAUUUCUACGAAGAGCAGCGAAAGAUGCUUGUCAUCAAGGCCAUCGAACGCAAGGUCUCAGUCCCCAUGGUUGAUGGCUUCUUGGGCAAGCGAAUUGCGGUCAAGGGUCCUAACUGCUGGAAUCUCUACCUCCAGACCCCAGAAGCGCGAGCAAUAUUUCGAGAGACCAACGGGAUUGACCAUGAAUUAGCUAUGAAGAAGGUUUCGGAGCUGUGGCAACAGCUCUCGCCGGAGGAGAAGAAGGCUUUCUCGAGGGUCUCGGCUUUCCACGACGAUGGGCUCACUGCUGAGGAAAGGGCCCUCGAUGAAGAUGACAAUGAUGACGAUGACUCUCCACCCCCUGGGGGUCCAAACGUGCGAAGUGAGGCAUCCUUCAAGGAUGACUACUUCUUUGUCCAGAACUAUGUGAAUGACUUUAUCAAAAAGUGCAAUGUGCCCAGGAUGUCGAUGCCGAGAACCAUUACGCUGCUCGUCUACAGGCCCACAUCACUGGGUGUAGUGUGA